UCUCCCUCCACUUAACUUCUCAUCCAACCUACUUAUUGUGAUUAUUAUUUAUACAUAUGUUGGACAUAUAUUUAAAGCAAGAAUUAGAGCUACGCUACGCUUGCACAAGCAUGCAAUUCCUCAGAAAUUUUAAUGUGCCUUUUCAUCGCCCUCAUAUCAGACUACACUCAUGGCUUAUAAACUUAAAGCCUCGUACUUGCUGACUUACAUUCGGCCUCUCUCUCAUCGUCAUACCUUGGGUAGCUAGCUCCUUCAAAUAGUUCCCGCAUCUGAACCUCCCCUUACCUGUCCAGCGCCAUAAAAUCCUCAUCAAUUUGUGUAUCUUUCUCGCGAGUGAAUAAUUAAUUGAGGAAGAAGAGGACAGAAGAAAAUGUGCAUAAAACCAAUAGUCCCCCUGGACAUUCUGCAGUGAAGCGAGCAGCAACUACAAGGCAUCGUCCUUAUGGAAGCAAUCCAAAACAUCAACUCGUGCACGCGCGCUUUCAACCCAGAGGAGGAGGAGGAGGAGCAAAAGGAAGCGAUGUUCGAGAAGGCGUUAACGCCGAGCGACGUGGGGAAGCUGAACCGUCUGGUGAUCCCGAAGCAGCACGCAGAGAAGUACUUCCCUCUGAGCGGUGGGGCUGGGGACGCCAAGGGCGUCUUGCUGAGUUUCGAGGACGAGGCCGGCAAGUGCUGGCGCUUCCGUUACUCCUAUUGGAACAGUAGCCAGAGUUACGUCCUGACCAAAGGCUGGAGCCGAUACGUCAAGGACAAGCGCCUCGACGCCGGCGACGUCGUUUCCUUUCACCGUCACCUCACAGAUUCUCACCGCCUCUUCAUAACCUGGAGACGCCGCCACCCUCUUGCCAGUCCACCAGUUACCAGACCUAUGCAUAUGGCCGUCGCAGGCGAUGCCACUUGCAGAGGUGGGGGUGUGGGUGUAGGCUGGACCACACCUACACCUUUCUAUUCUGCGCAGCCUCGUCCCGAGCAUCAGCCUUUGCCAUACCAACCUCAAACUCUUCAUGCACUAGGAAGAGGUUCCCCGGCUCAAAGGGCGGCGGCGGCGGGAAACAGCUCUAGUAAGGUACUUAGACUGUUUGGAGUAAACAUGGAAUGCCAAGCAGAACCAGACGAAUCGGGACCUUCCACAUCCCAUAAUCACUCCUCCAACGUCUCAUCAUCAUCAUCCACCCAUCACCACUUCUACCAAUAUGAUUAUCCUCAGCCUUCUUAUGCUUCUAGUCCUCAACCCCACAUGGUACGUCAACAAUCAUAUUUCUAAGUUAGAUUUUCCUUUUUCCUUCAGGUGUAAGAUAUCCCUUAUGAUCAGAGCUAAUGCAUUAAUGUUCCUGUCAUUAACAUGAAAGCAAUAGUUAUUAAUUAUAAGAGUAGAUAGGUUAAUGUUGAAGAUUAUGUAGUAUCUUUCUUGUCUUUAAUUAAUUUAAGAAGAUGCAUGCAACUUAUUUA